AUGCAGCUGCUGCUGGUGAUGAUGCAGCUGCUGCUGGUAAUGAUGCAGCUGCUGCUGGUGAUGAUGCAGCUGCUGCUGGUGAUGAUGCAGCUGCUGCUGGUGAUGAUGCAGCUGCUUCUGAUGACAGUGGAGGUGUUGAGAUCCUUCGAGGUGGUUGUGGUGUUGAGAUCCUUUGAGGUGGUGGUGGUGUUGAGAUCCUUCGAGGUGGUGGUGGUGUUGAGAUCCUUCGAGGUGGUGGAGGUGCUGAACAUAACCCGUCAGUACAUUGCCCGACACCAGAAGACCGCGAUCCCGCUCAUAGAGAAGUACGCAGAGGAGUGGCGGUUGACGGGACAGCCCAUUUUCCGUCCCAUGUGGUGGCUGAGCCCGAGCGACCCUCUGACUUACACCAUCGACGAUCAGUUCCUUAUCGGAGAUGAGCUCUUGGUGGCCCCAGUGGUGGAGAGGGGAGCGGUGCACAGGGAUAUCUACUUACCUGAUGGGGGCUUCCAGUGGCAGGACAGCCUGACAGCGCAGGUGUUCGAUGGCGGGACGCUUCUACAGGACUACUCCGUGGCCUUGGAGGAAGUGGCCGUUUUCAAAAGAAGAAGCUGA